AUGAGCUUGGUGCUAUUCUCGAUAGGUAACCCCGGUCCUUCGAAUCGACAUUCCACCGGCCACUUAAUGCUAAAAUUAUUACUAGACAACUACUCAUCCACCGUCAAACAACUUGUCCCCAAAUCGACGUAUUCAAUCUCUAGCAAUAAUGAUAAGAGUCUUGUAUUUAUCAAGUCAAACACAUAUAUGAACGAAAGUGCAAAAGCAUGGAACAAGAUCGUUGCCAAUGAGAAGCUACCUACUGAUUCUACCGUGAUUAUUUUAUAUGAUGAUUUCGAGAAUGAUAUACCGCUGGUUAAAUUAUCAAAGUUUAGAAAAAAUGAAAGUCACAAUGGAAUCAAGAAUUUGAUGGCUACAAUGCAGAAUGAAACAAGGUAUCAAGUGUUGAAAUUGGGUAUCGGUAUCGGUCCGAAACCAGUUCAAGCAAGCAAAGAAACAAUGAGCUCUUGGGUGUUGGCUCCAUUCACAUUGGAACAAAAACAUAUCAUCAUGAGUCAAAGUUUUGACCUUUGUUUGUUUUAUUUACAACAAAUUGCCGAAGCAGGUGGCGAAAUUGGUGAUGUGGGGAAAUUUGAUGCCAAGGUGAAAAAGAUGUGGAAGAAGCAACAAAAUGGAAAUGAGUAA